AUGGUGGGCAAGUCGACUGCGACUUCGCGGCUCCGGCAGGACUACCUGCGAAUCAAGGCCGACCCUGUGCCGUACGUGACAGCCGAGCCGUUGCCGCACAACAUUCUUGAAUGGCAUUACGUGAUUCGAGGCCCAGAACAGUCUCUGUACCAGGGCGGAUACUACCACGGCAAGCUAGUGUUCCCGGCUGAGUACCCAUACAAGCCGCCGCGGAUCUACAUGAUCACACCCAAUGGCCGUUUUAAGACAAACGUGCGGCUCUGUCUGUCCAUCUCCGACUUCCAUCCGGACCUCUGGAACCCUGCCUGGAGCGUUUCCACGAUUCUCACCGGCCUACUCAGCUUCAUGUUGGAAAGCAGCUAUACGCUGGGUAGUGUGGAAACGUCCGACAAGGAAAAGGCAGAUUUGGCCCAUCAAAGCCUUGAGUUCAACCUCGCCGACAAGGUUUUCCUAGAACUUUUCCCAGAUUGUGUAGAGGAAAUGAGAGAAACCUUACGGAAAAGCGAUAAGACCGAAGCUGCGGGUCUCUCGUCACCAAAUUCUUGGCAGAAACCUAGCGAGAAAUCUAAAACCGAUUCUGGAUUCCUCGGCAUGCUUCAAAAUGUGUUGGCCGUGGUAGGACUCGCCAUAGGCGUCGUGAUCAUCAAGUAUGCCUUGAGGGAGUCUUCGCGAGUCUGAUGAAAGGCAGGCGGUACUUCUGGUCUCUUGGUUAUGCGUCAUUCUCUUGCCCUGUCGUGUCAUACGAGGUCGUUACGUUCGUGGCUGACCUUGGAGGAAGUGAUGGGGAAUUUUGCUUUUUAGUAAGGUGUAGGUGCUUCAGAAGAUCUUUCCCGUGCUCUUUUUUCCUCCUUUUUUAUCCUUUUUUCGCGGAGAAGUUGGUGUUGCAGUCAAUUGUUCUGCAAGUCCCUGCAUCCUCUUUAAUUAUGAAAUGUUGAAAUCUCAAUCUCCCGGAUCAUUAGCUAUAGAUUCCGAUGGCGUGUUUUGUUUUACGGGCCGACGUAUUUUUCUGAGAUGAAAUGAAAUUUACUCAUUAAAUUUGA